AUGUCCAAAUGGCAGGCUCUCAAAGCACAAGCCCAGCUCACCGAGAAGACUGGUCCAAUCCCCGGUGCUGUAACAACAGCAAGCUACUGGGACAAGUUUUCCUUGACGCUCACUGCACCCAGUUAUACCAUCCUGAGUCUGCGUCCUUCCCGCCCGGGAGCGAAGUAUGCUGUCUCUUAUGACUGGGGAGGUCUGGACUGCCUUCUCUCCUCCUUCCUUCCUGCUGCACCACAGGCAUCCGGGGCGGCUCUGGGACGGCUGGGGACCCGGCUUCUGCUGUCCAGGGCAGCUCUGGCCACACUUCCUUCCUGUGCCAGAACCAAAGCCAAGGAAACCAGGCAGCGGGCUGAGAAAGCGAGAGCAGAGCAGAAGCCUCCCGUGGGGCUGAGGAGGACCCAUAAGGACUUGGCGGAGAAGCUGUGGCUCACUGCUGUGGGAGGCAUUCAGAGGGAAGCAGCUGGGAAUGUCCCUUCAGGGCACAGCUCUCACCUGGCACGUUGGAGGCCUGAGUCUUGCACCCCCCGAAAAAAGUUAAUCCAGAUGUUUGGAGGCAGGGGCCUUGGGGAGGAGAUGAGAUUAAAACAGGGUGAAUCCUGGCGGCUUGGAAAGAAGAGAGCUAACCAGGGAAUGGUGACGGCGCACACCUGUGUUACUAGCAUUCUGGGAAGCUGAGGCAGGAGGACUACAAAUGUGAGCCCAGCCUGGGAAACUCAGCAAGACACUA